UAUUCAUGGUCACCCUCGCAGUACUUCGAUGAGGACAGCCACUCCCCUCCACCCAGGAACAUGAAGGGUCUCUCUGGCAGCCGCCCUGCCCAGCUCCAGCUCACCUCUCCCACCUCAGCCCACACCUGCGGCCUGGCUGAAUGCGACCAUUCCCUUGACCAUCACCUCCACUAUGGCGACUCACGCCCCCCCUCCUACCUCCUCAGCCCCACUGAAAGCUGCCCCCUUGAUGGUCACCAUCGCUGCUCCCCACGGAGCUCCAUCCACUCCGACUGCAUGGUGAUGCCAGUGUCCAUGUCAGCCACCGACCACUCCAUCUCAAGUAGCACUUUCCCCCGCAUGCACUACGGCAGCGCUUCACGGGACAGCGGUGGCAACACCUCUGGCGGCAGGGAAUCCCGAGAUGAUGGUGGCUCAUCCUCACACGGUGGUAGCGGAAAAAUGAACCGAAUCCCGGCAAACCUUCUGGACCAAUUUGAGAAGCAGAUGCCACUGCACAGGGAUGGCUUCCACACAUUGCAGUACCAACGCACCUCUACUACAACCACGACUACAGAGCAGCGUAACGAAAGCCCUGGGCGAAUUCGUCAUUUAGUCCACUCAGUACAGAAGCUCUUCACAAAGUCACACUCUCUAGAAGGUUCUUCCAAGAUGAACGGUACCAAAAGUGACUCGCAUCGGGACAGCUCACACCACCAUCAUCACCACCAUCAAGGCCACCACAAACACAGCAAACGCAGCAAAAGCAAAGAACGCAAAUCUGAAGGCAGUGGGAAACGUUCAGGAGGUUGGUGGAGUUCGGAUGACAACCUGGAUAGUGACAGCACGUACCGAACACCGAGUGUCAUGUCAAGACAUCCUGUGGACCACAUCAGCCACUGUUACCCUGACUCAGUGCAUGCACACCUGGCCGGAGACCUGUCACUAAAGACCUCCAAGAGUAAUAACGACGUCAAGUGCUCAGCCUGUGAGAGCAUAAGCAUGGCACCAGAAGGCAAGUUCAUGAAGAGGAGCUCUUGGUCCACGUUAACGGUCAGCCAAGCCAAGGAGGCCUACAGGAAGUCCUCACUCAACCUGGAGAAGCCCAUGACGCCAACUGACCUUAAGCCCAACCUCAGGCCCUGUCACUAUCUACAGGUGCCACAGGAUGAGUGGAGUGGUUACCCUGGCGGCGGGAAGGAUGAUGAGAUUCCUUGUCGUCGUAUGCGGAGCAGCAGCUAUGUUAAAGCCAUGGGGGAUGAAGAGAGUGGAGAUUCGGACUCCAGCCCCAAGACAUCGCCUCAAAAGAUGGUGCGGCCAGAUGCCCUGGUCAAAGCCAUCAUAAGACCCAGGGACCUGCUGGACUCUCAGAGUCAGAGCUACCACUUGCAAGCCACCAGGGACAUGCACCCAAGCAUUGCACUGGAUCCCUCUGCCAACUACAACUCUCCCAAGUUUCGCUCCAGGAACCAGAGCUAUAUGCGAGCAGUCAGCACCCUCAGUCAGGCUAGCUGUGUUAGCCAAGUGAGUGAGACGGAAAUAAAUGGCCAGUUUGAAUCAGUUUGCGAGUCAGUGUUCAGUGAGGUGGAAUCACAGGCCAUGGAGGCUUUGGACUUGCCUGGUUGCUUCCGAACCCGGAGCCACAGCUACCUGCGAGCCAUCCAAGCUGGCUACUCCCAAGACGAUGACUGCAUCCCACCCAUGGCUUCCACUGUCACCUCCACCAUCAGAUCUACCACAGCCAUCACCUACACACCCAACUACAAGAAGGCCCCUCCACCGGUCCCACCCCGCACCACUUCCAAACCCCUUAUCUCCAUCACGGCCCAGAGCAGCACCGAGUCCACCCAGGACGCCUACCACGAAGGGAGGCACCCUCAUGGUGGAAUGUGGGCCCCUGACGGCCUCAGCAUGGGGUUGAACCCUGGCAGGGGCCUUUAUAACUCUGUGGACAGCUUGGACAGUGCCAAGGCCGUGACUAUAGCUAUGGAAGCUGCAGGAGUCAUUGCUGGAAAAAGACACCCAUCCACAGACAGCCACAGUUCAGUGCUCACCUGUGACAAGGCCAUUCUCGUGUCCAAAGCUGAAGAGUACUUGAAGACGCCUCGGUCCUCCAUAGGAAUACAGGUGGAAGCAGCCACAGACUCUGAAUCUGAAAGCAAAGGCUCACGGGAAUACCACUCUGUUGGGAUCCAGGUGGAAGAUGACAAGAAAGGACAGGGCAGGUUCAAACGCUCCAACAGUGUGACUGCAGCUGUGCAGGCUGACAUGGAGUUGGAGGGCUUCCCUACCAUGGAGGACAAAGGCCUGCAGUUUGGUGGGGGCUUCCAGCGUCACUCAGAGCCCAGCACGCCGACCCAGUAUGGGGCGGUGAGAACCGUUCGCACACAAGGGCUUUUCAGCUACCGCGAGGAUUACCGUACCCCUGCUGAACCCCCCAGCCCAAGGGAGACCACCAGCGAGACCACCUGGCAGCUGGAACCCCCUUCUCCACGGGAGAGUGCAGUCUCAUCAGGCGAGUCAGGCAGGGUCUCUCCAUCCCUGAGGAGAGAUGGGAGCUGGUUCAUGCAACUGCUUCACACGGAAACCAAGAGGAUUGAGGGAUGGUGUAAGGAGAUGGAGGCAGAAGCAGAAGAGAAUGACCUAUCAGAGGAAAUCCUUGGAAGAAUCCGAAGUGCGGUGGGAAGCGCUCAACUGCUCAUGUCUCAGAAAUUCCAGCAAUUUUACUGGCUCUGUCAGCAAAACCUGGACCCCAGUGCCAUGCCGCGGCCCACCUCUCAGGACCUGGCUGGGUUCUGGGACCUACUGCAGCUCUCCAUUGAAGACGUCACUAUGAAGUUUGACCAACUACAGCAGAUUAAGAACAACAACUGGAGGCCCAUAGACAGUCCAGAGAAGAAGCCACCAGCUCCUGUACCAAAGAAGACAGUUCGACAGAAGAGCAUAAUGACCAGGGAGAAAUCCCUGGACCUCCCAGACAGGCACCGGCAGGAGGCUCGGCGGCGGCUUAUGGCAGCCAAGCGAGCAGCCUCCUUCCGGCAGAACUCAGUCUCGGAGCGAGCGGACAGCAUCGAGAUCUAUAUUCCCGAGGCUCAGACUAGACUUUGA